AUGAUUUCCGUUAACGACGGUAAUAUCCAGAUGGAUAAAGACGGUAACAUCCCUCUGAUCGCUUCUAUUGACGUGGGUACUACAUCUUCCCGUGUCAUUUUCUUCAACAAACAGGGUCAAGAAGUCGCUAAGCACCAAAUCGAAUACUCUACAUCUGCCUCUACUCAGAAAUAUGCUGUACAUGGUUCACGUAGACAGUCCAUCAAGGACCAAACCAAGAUGGCUAACCCAGAAAAGGACAAACCAGUGUUCACAAGUGAAGGUAUUGCCAUCAAGGAAAACGAGUACUUGACCAUCGAAGAAUUCCACGGUGCUAAUGAAGGACCAACUUUGAAAUUCCCUAAACCAGGCUGGGUCGAAUGUAACCCAAUGAAUGUCUUGGUUAACGUUGUUCAGUGUCUAGGUACUACUUACGAGCUGCUCGAUAACUUGAACAACGACCGUGCCCAAAACAACCUGCCGCUAUACAGAGUCGACUGUGUCGGUGUAGCUAAUAUGAGAGAAACUACUAUUGUUUGGUCUAAGAAGACCGGUAUGCCAAUUGUGGAUUACGGUAUUGUCUGGAAUGACACCCGUACUCUAGACUUGGUUAAGAGAAAGAAGAAAGAAACUGAAAAGGAGAAGAGAUUACGUAUGAAGGACAAGACCGGUUUGUCUGUUUUCUCUACAUACUUCUCUUGUUCAAAACUUGUAUGGCUUUUGGAGAACGAACCAGAGGUCAAGAAGGCUUAUGAAGCUGGCGACUUGAUGUUCGGUACUGUUGAUACUUGGCUGAUUUACCAUUUGACCGCUAGCAACGCUUUUGUCUCUGAUGUAACUAAUGCAAGCAGAACUGGUUUCAUGAACUUGGAUACCAGAGAUUAUGACGAUGAAUUAGUUGAAUUCUGGGGUAUUGACAGAAAUAAGAUCAACUUCCCAAAGAUCGUGUCAUCUGCUGAAUACUACGGUGACUUGAGCAUUCCAAAGUUGUUUAAGUCUCAAGUCCCAGGACAUAUUUGGGAAUUGUUAUUGAAAUACACCGAAGGUGAAUUUCAAGUACCAAUUCAAGGCUGUCUAGGUGACCAAAGUGCCUCAUUGGUAGGCCAGAUGGCUUUUAAACCUGGUGCCGCCAAAUGUACCUAUGGUACGGGUUGUUUCUUACUAUACAACACUGGCUGCAAGAAAUUGAUUUCUAAGCAUGGUGCUUUGACAACUUUCUCUUACUGGUUCCCAUACUUGGAAGAAAAGGAAAACCCAGAGUAUGGUGCCCCACACUUUGCCUUGGAAGGUUCCGUCGCUGUCGCUGGUGCCGUUGUGCAAUGGUUACGUGACAACUUGCGUUUAAUUCCAAAGGCUGAAGAUGUUGGACCAAUUGCCAAUUCUGUUCCAGACUCUGGUGGUGUUGUUUUUGUUCCAGCAUUCAGUGGUCUAUUCGCACCAUACUGGGAUCCAGAGGCUAGAGGUACCAUCAUGGGUAUGUCUCAAUACACAACCGCUUCUCACAUUGCUAGAGCAGCUGUUGAAGCUGUUUGUUUCCAAGCCCGUGCCAUUCUAUUGGCUAUGAGUAACGAUGCCAUGGGUGAAGCCGAGAAGGAUAGUACUUUUAAGACUGAGAUCAGCGAAGAGGGUUCAUAUCAAAAGUCUUUACUAUCUACAUUGGCUGUUGAUGGUGGUAUGUCCCGUUCAGAUGAAGUCAUGCAAAUCCAAGCUGACAUCUUGGGUCCAUGUGUCAAAGUUAGAAGAUCUCCAACUGCUGAGUGUACUGCUUUAGGUGCUGCAGUUGCCGCUAACAUGGCCUACGAAAGACCACAAGACCGUGUCCUAUGGAGAGAUCUUCAAGACGCUAAGAACUGGAUUUUCUAUGAAGGUAUGACUAAAUCCGAAUAUCAAGCUAAGGAGACUAAGCAAAACUUGAAGAUUUUCAGAAGCCAAUCUACUGAUGAAGACAGACACAAGCACUGGAUUCAAUGGGAAGCUGCUGUUAAGAGAAGCAAAGGCUGGCUAAAGGAUGUUGAAGGUGAACAUCCUGUAGUAGCAUGA